GGAACCGUGGGUCAGAAGAGGCUCUGUCUGCGGUCUCCGUAACUUAGGAGGUAAGCUAACAGUCUACUCGGGUCCGGAUAAUCCCCGGGCCUGCAUAUACACAACUAAAGAUUUACAUGUGCAACCUCUAACGAGCUUCUGUUCUAGAGAUGUGUGCGCCAUAAGGCUGCACGGCGCGCAAGACACCAGCCUGCAGAAGAUGGUCGUAGCCUCUGUGUAUAUGCCGGAGGCGGACGACCCACCACCGCAUGACAUGACAAGGCUGGUCAACUACUGCGAAGAGGAGGGGCUCGAACUCAUCGUGGCAACCGACUCGAACGCUCAUCACCCCCUAUGGGGCAUGGAAACAGGUAACGAGAGAGAUAGCCCCCUCUGCAGGGCGUGCAUGGAGGCAGAGGAGACAGCCGCCCACGUCAUUCUCGAAUGCCCAGGGGUGGCAGAAUACCGGGCACAACACCUCGGCUCACCGGGGUCGCUCCCAGAAGUCGUCGGCAACGUCAAGGGUCUGCUAGGCUUCCUGGUAGAGCUGGGUUGGCAGGAAUAGGCCGCCAACCCAUCACGCA